CUCUUUGGUCCGCUGUAAAACGUUUCCGUGUUGAACUCAAAUAGGGAAACGUGUACCACUCUUGGAGCAUCUUCUUCAGUAUUGUGUUGUUUUUACUAACCAAACCAUGGCAGUGUCAAACUACUCCCUGAAGGUGAACAGAGAUCUCCUGGAUCCACACUUUGAAAGUUACAGACUGUCACUGGACGCCAUCCCCACGUACACCAUAGAGCUGGAUGCUGCUGUGGAGGAGCUGAAGCUGAAGGACUCUCAGUACACUCUGGAGCACAUGCAGGCGUUUGGCAUGUUUAACUACCUGCAUUUAGACCCCUGGUACGAGGACAGUGUUUUGUUUGUUGAUUGUAAAGGACGAGUGCUUAGUCUCAAUGUUACCCUGGACACAGCGUUGGGGAAGCCUCGGGAGGUAUACCGUAUAGACCCAGACUCCAGUCCCUCUGAUGGAUGCCUCUGUGCCUCCCUGAGCCUCACCUCAGCCACGUGGGCUGCGCUGUCAAAUGGGAUGGGGCAUUUGCACUUGCUCCGCACCGGGAAAAGGGGGGACAGCUCGCACAACAAGUGGGAGUCUUUAUUCAGUGAAUCCAUUGGAGACCCGUUCGUGAUCCUCCACAGUGUGUCUCAUGUGGAGGGUGGAGUCCACUGCAUCGAGGUCCUGGUCCUGAGGGUCCAGAAAGACCCUGAGGAGACCAAGGGCAGCGGCUUCUACGUGGGACUGGAGUGGAUCACUGUCUCCAACGCUGCUGAAAAAGGUCAGGAGAAGUCUUACUCACUGAGGAAGAGGAGGUCACUGAGAGGAAGAACCGUGCCCCACUAUGCGGCACUAGAGCCCCACGGGACUGGACUGAUGCUAGCCUCAGAGAAACCAUUUACCUUCACACACAUGGAUGGACAGCCCAUAGAACGACCUGAGCCAGAGCCCAUGGAGGUGGAGAAAACAGAUCCCAUCUACAUGUGGCAGCAAACAGCAGAGGACCUGACUGUGUGCGUGAGACUGCCGCAGGGCGUGACCAAAGACGCUGUGCAGUUUAGUCUGACAGCGGACAACCUCAGUGUCGGGGUCCAGGGCUUUUCUCCUCUGAUCCACGGUCAACUGUACGCCGCUGUGGACCCCGAGAGCAGCGCCUGGUUCAUUAAAGAUAAUAAGAGUUUGGAGGUGACGUUGCAGAAGCACAUUGAGGGGCCGCUGUGGCCUGAGCUGGUGAUGGGCGAUCGAAGAGGAGAGUUAGUGAUGAGCGACGAGCAGACAGCCCAGAUCCAUGAGAGACUGAAACAUCUCACUUCAGAGGACCUGAUAGCUACCUCGGAUUUGGAGAAACCGCCCUGUAACUCUCAGGAGCUGGAGGACUGCGAUGGCUUCCCUGAUGACAGCUCCAGUCUGGUUUAUUUUGAUAGAGAGAUGAUGAAGCCUACUCGGGUGGUGAAUUUGGGGAGUCACCAGUACAUGUUCACAGUGCAGUCUGAUCCGACCCAGAUGCCCUGCCUUUGCCUCAGACACGACGUUGAUGCUCUGGUUUGGCAGCCGCGCCCUGAACAGCCCGAACACAUGUGGGAGCACGUGGCCACUUUCAAUGCGCUCGGCUAUGUCCAAGCAUCCAAGCGGGAUAAGAAGUUUGCCACAUGUGCUCCAAACUUCUCUUAUGCCUCUCUGUGUGAAUGUCUGCGCCGCGCCUUCAUCUACAGACAGCCUGCCCCAGUGGAGACGGUGCUCUUCAACAGGAGACAGGGGCGACAGGUGGGACAGGUGGCCAAACAGCAGGUGUCAAGUCUAGACUCGGACUGCCCCAUCCUGGGAUUCAGAGCCACCAAUGAGAGACUGUACAUACUCACCUCCAAAAACCUACAUGUGCUCAAGGUUAAUAAUAAUUAGAUGUUAAAAAUGCACUGUAUAAUGUUUCUGGUGGAGGUACGCCACUUUCUUGUCUUCGUGGAGAUGUUAUUGCUGUGUCUUGAAUGUUUCACAGUGUAGCAUUAAAGGUGCACUAAAUAACUUUUCUGGUGGGAGCCUACCUUCAGUAUGCUGUGCUUGGAAAAGUCAUUUGAAUAACACAACUGAAGUGUAAGAGACAUAUUAAAAUAUUGAGUAUAUUGUAGUAGUAGUAGUAGUGAUGCAUGUGGAGAAUUAUCCUGCAGAAUUGGUGUUGAAAGCAUAAAGGUUUAAGCAUAUGAUGAAAAUGACUUAAUUUGGUCAUUAUAACUAUCAAUACAUAAGAAUGCAUUUUCAUUUUUAUAACUAUCAACACUUAAAAUUACACUCACAACACAAUAUAUAAAAAUAAACCAAUUAAAAAUCUUGCUACCAAAAUUGUGAAUUGAUCCGUUAAUUGUAAAUUAUUUUAAAAUCUCGUCUCGUGAAAAUUCUGUCUUGUCCAACCCUUAAUAUUUACUGUCGCCCCUCGACAGACCUGAUGUGUAACUUGUCCUGAUGGUGCCAACUGCUUUUCUCUAUGGAGACAGGCAAGUUUAAACAGCCACACAGAAAAUUCUAGGAAGAGCAACAACAUCUCUGGAGAAAAGCAGGUACUGGACCCUCCAUCAGAAAAGUUACAGUGUCCCUUUAAACUUGUAUAUUUCCAUGGAGCCAAGCAGGUGGCGCUGCCAGGCCAGGCAGGUUAUAUGGCAUUUUGUAGAGUGAAAACUAUUCAGAACCAACUACAAAAAACAUAACAUAAUAAAUGUCACAUUGUAAUUAAGUUACAAGUAUGUUUUAUUGAUCCUUAAGCAAACAUACCCUGAUGAGACGUGUUAAGGAAUGGCAUUUGACCCAUCCUUCAAUGCCACUGAGGCAACUUGUUAAGUCCAUAACCUUAAAGAUACACUGUGCAACUUUUCUGGUGUAAGGGCUGAAAUCUGCUUGUCUCUACGGAGAUCUUAUUAAUUUGCAGUUCCACAGUAUGGCAUUGGCAUGUGGACAGGGCUGCCUCUUCACAGAUCUGACUUCUAACUUAGCCUGCAACACAGUAUGACACAGAAUGAUUUAAUCUAGAUGGAUGGAGCGUUUACCCUGAACUAAAACUUACGCCUGUUUUGGCAACUAUGUCUUACCCAUUGCGAGAUAGGGCUAGUGUUUUAAAUAGUUUUAAAUAACAGUUAUCAAAAGAUGCUAUCCAGAAAUCUACCAUACCCUGUACCCUGGUCUUAUCUCUCGGAGAUGUCAGGCGCAGAUGAAAGCCUUUAUUGAAAAAGAUAUUGGUUUCCAUAAAUCUCCAUAAACAUUUUUGACACUUUACACUACAUCCUGUCAAACCUUCACCACUGUAACAGCAAAGCAAUGCAGAAUGUCACCGCUGCAUUUAAAUGAGUUUGCCAAAAAAUAAUAGCCUAAAAACGUACAUCAAAUUUAUUCAAUGUAGACUGUACUGUCUGUGUUUUUAACAUCUAUGAACCAGAAAGUGUAUACUAAUUGUUGUUAGCAUUACAACUUUCAGAGGCAGAGAGAUGUACUUUGCCUCUGAAAGUUGUGAAAAGAGGUAAUUGUGGUGAAUAAUUAGGAUGUUAGGAAUACAUAGGUAAGUGAGGCAUAACUUUGAACCAUUACAAACCAUUUAAAAAGAACUAGUUCCGUUUUUUACAUUUUUAAGACUGCAAGAAUCAGGUAAAGUGCAUUUAAACUGUCACUCUAACCUAUUUCUAGCUUUCACAAACCCUCUGUCACAUCACUAGUAUUCACAUGCAUGAUUUUUGGUUGCAUGCAGCUUUAGAACAGUAUUAUAGCCAUGUUUCAAGUUCUUUCUACAUUUAUGUUCAAUAAAACAUUUUACUUGGCAC